AUGUCUUGUGUUGUGGUUGCGACAAUUAAGAUUGUGCAAGAAGAGUAUGGUUGGUUUUAUGUUGCCUGUCGUAAGCGUUUCAAGAAGGUGAUGGGUAAAAGUGAAUACUUGCAGAAUGUUGAGAAUGUUUCAGAUGAUAUUCUUCGAUUGCCUGCGACUUCUUUGGUUUGUAUCAGAUGUCAUACUGAAUGUACAUCGAUCACCACAAAGUUUAAGGUGCAAGUGCGGGUGCAAGAUGAGAGUGGUAGUGUUUCUUUUGUUAUGUUUGAUAGAGAUGUUCAGAAGCUUCUUGGAUUAGCUGCGAGUGACAUAAGAGAGAGGCAGAGGGCUGCUUUUAAGAUUGAUGUUUCAGAGUUCAAUCUUAAUAAUGACUAUCGUGUUUAUACUGUGCAAAAAACAACUGAUGAUCCAGUAAUAAUUGCUGAGUUGGUUAGUGGAGAUGGUAAUGGUGAUGAAAAUACUGAUGAGGUUACUCAAGAGGUAGCUGACGUUAAAGACGUUAACCUUUCAGACUCUUCUCAGGUGUCUGUUGAACGAACUUCAAGGCCGUUGAAGUUGAAAAGGAUUCUGGAUCGUCCCAAUGGAAAGCGGAUGGCUCAAGAUCCUGAUGUUGCCAACGUUGGUGAGCUAUCCACUAAUGUGAGAAGAACCCGGAAGAAGCUGACUAAGGUUAACAAUUAG